AUGGAUUUUGCGGGUCUCCCCCCUCCGAUAAAACAUGAUGAGUUGAGUGAAACAAUAUUUUCAACUUGUGUUCUGUGUGGACAACUUCCGGUCGAUGGGUAUCAGCAUGAAUGUGGAGCUGUAUGCUGCUUCCAGUGUUGGAAACAGAAAGUUUUUGAGGUGUCAGAAGAACGUAAAUGUCCGUACCCUCACUGUGGCACACGUGUCAAGAGAAAGCACCUAAAACCUCUCAGAGUGACCAAGGCAUUGUGA